CCGGUCCACGCUCUCUCCAUUCGACACGCUAGAAGCCAGCGGGCAGCCCGCUAGAAGCCUGUCCACUACAGGCGAGUUUUUCGCUCGCGUUUGCUGCUGGCGAGAGGGACCCACAGAUUCGCCUCCCUUGCCCGUUUGGGCCAGCUAUUUCCACUUUCGUCGUCCUUUUUUCUUUUUUUUCUUUUUAAAAAAUAUCACCAUUAAAUAAAUGAAUUAAAAAAAAGCAUAUCCUGGCCUCAGGCCCACACGGCCAUCUGGGCCACCCACCAUCUUUCGGCCCCCUCUCCCCUCUCCCCGAAAUCUCAUCGCACGCAGGGCCUAAAUCCUUCCGCGGUGCUUGUUUUAGAAUCCUGGGCCACACACACUCACAGCAAACAAACAGCUACCCACAUAUACGAGCGAUGUGCAUUGAUGGACAACCAACGCAAACCAGCGCUUUCUCGUGAUGGCUAUGGGCACCCUCCCUCCCUCAACACAUCAACCUGCGCCGUUUGUUGCCGUUUGACCGUUCAUGCAAGACAAGAGACACGAAGAACCAGACUGUUACCUCUUGCAUCGUGACCUCACUUCUGUCUUCUAUUCGCCGGUAAGCACAUCCGUCCAACCCCCUUUUCGGAAUCACGGGUCGUCCUACUGCUUGCUGCUGCAGCAUCUACGUUGCGGCGAGCUACUCCUGUACUGCUGCAUGCACCAAUGUGCUGGCGUCCGCUAAUAAUACCGGGUGCCUGGUUCGCUGCACGAUCGGCGACGCCUCACCUAAUACUAACUCAAGCAACCCAUAGCCCUGUGCGGCGCUGGCGGAACAAGCCGGGGUGGGCUGCACUGACCUUGACCAUCCCAAGAACCAAUGUACAAACAAAAAUAAAGAAAAUAAAAGAGAAAAGAGAGACCACAAAGCUGUGAGCCUGCUUGGCAGUUCACUCUAUUCUCAGCUGGAGCUGGAUAAUGAAUUGGCUUGGCUAGACUCCAUACGGGCUUUGAUGUGGAAUCCACGGCAAAUGCCAUUUUUUUCUUCCAUCUACAAUUCCCACAGUGGCUUGCGCCCGCCUCGUGCCUGUGCCUGGGGCGAGGACUUCACUGGAAAGGGUUAAAAAAUAGUAGCCUUCGGUACUUGUUCCCGCGCCAGAACCGCCCACACCGAGCAACAAGUUCUCGAUGCGGAAUGGUCAUCGUCAGGUCGAGCUAGCCCGAAAUUAUUCGCCCACUUGGCCUAGUAAGCCCAGCUCAUGUCUACCCAGGAUGGCACGGCCGUGCCGUCGGUGCCGCUAUCAUACUUUUUUUUUCUGCGACUGUCACUGUAGAUCGCUCAAGGCUUGGCCACACUAGACGGCUGGCCUUGACGCACCUCGGACCAAAAAUCCUGGUACUAGCUUCUCGGCCCUACCGCCCUGUCAAAUCUGGACUCAUCAUCAGUUCGUCGGGUACCUACUUAAAACUUGAACUCUGCCUUCGCAUUAUACUGCUGUUCGUCUCCGCAUCUUCAUCAAUCUAAGAUCGCGUCGCUUUCUUGCUUCCUCUUCUCAUCCUCUCUGAAGAUACGCGACUGACUCUCUCCAUUCUUUUCCCCUUCACCACCCUCACGCGCAUACACCACUGACCACCAUGCGCUCGUGGAACUCUCUUGUGCUCCUCGCCGCGUGCUCUGGCGUCGCGUCGGCUGCCAACUCGACUUCACAGGCUGCUGCCCCGUCCGUUGUUGACAGCACCGUGCUCAUUGUCGCCCGUGACGACAAUGAUGUCAAGACGGCUUCUCCUGGCCUCGAUGCCUACGGCAUCCCCUGGACCAAGGUCCUCAUCCCCCAGAACGGCGGUGCUCUGCCCGCCCUAAACUCCUCUCUCACAAAGGGUAACUACGGUUCCCUUGUCGUCAUUGGAUCUCUGUCCUACAAGUACGACACUGGCUUCCGCAGCGCCCUCACCCAGGACCAGUGGAACCAGCUCUACACCUACCAGACUGACUUCCAUGUUCGCAUGGUUCGUCUUGAUGAGUACCCUGGGCCUCUCUUUGGCUCUACUCCCGCCAACAUUGACGACCCUGGAUGCUGCGGUGCUAAUCAGGAGCAGAGAAUCAGCUUCACAGAUGCUUCUGCCUUCCCCGGCGCCAACAUCAAGACCAACGCUGCUGUCAGCAUGAAGGGCCUCUACCACUACCCCGCCAAGAUUGUCGACACCAACACCACCAAGGCCAUUGCCACCUUUGAGCCUUCGGGCAACUUCAAGGACACGACGGUUGCUGCCGUCAUCUCCACCUUUGGUGCCCGCGAGCAGAUGGCUUGGUUCACUUCUCUCGCCCCCGAGUGGUCCUUGACUUCUUCCUACCUCCAGCACGCAUACAUCCACUGGAUGACGCGCUCGCUCUUUGUCGGCAAGCGCAAGAUCCACAUCAAUGCUCAGGUCGACGAUUUGCAAAUCGCUACCGAGCUCUACUACCCCAAGGGCCCCGACUUCCAGAUUGUCACCGAGGAUCUCGAUGCCCACGCCGAGUGGCAGAAGAGCAUCAACAAACGCCUCAACCCCGGCUCUGAGUUCUGGCUUGAGCUUGGACACAAUGGCAACGGCAACGUCAUCAACUCUACCCUUAGCCCUAAUGCCGAUGGCGUUUGCACCCCCGACGAGGCUAUCUACUACGACAUGCCCGAAGGCACCCCUCUCGAGUACGUCAAGCCCGCUGGUACUGGCGUGGAUGUCUGGCCUGCCGGCAGCGAAAAGUACAACUGGACCAACAAGUGCACGGAGAUUGGCAAGUUUGGCUCCUGGUUCCGCAAGCCCGAGAACCUCAACAACUUUGCUCACUUGUCGCACACCUUUACCCACGAGGAGAUGAACAACGCCACCUACCACGACGCUGCCCGCGAAAUCCAGUACAACCAGGCCUGGAUGAAGCAGAUUGGUAUUGACCAGGGCAAGCGCUUCUCUGCCAAUGGUCUCAUCCCCCCUGCCAUUACCGGUGUCCGCAACGGUGAUGUCAUCCGCGCCUGGAUGGACAACGGUAUCAAGUACGUUGUUGGUGACAACACCCGCCCUGUUCUCCGUAACAGCAAGAGCAAGUACUGGCCUCUCAUGUCCAACAAGGAGACCAACGGUGCCGACGGCCUCUGGAUUGUCCCCCGUUUCUCCACGACCAUUUACUUCAACUGUGCUAUCCACGACUGCAUUCUCAAGGAGUGGUUCGCCAUCUCCAAGCGCAACGGUACCUGGGACGACCUCCUGGCCGAUGCCCUCCAGGUCAACCUCAAGUACAUCAUGGACUUGCAGGCCGACCCGUACAUGUUCCACCAGGCCAACAUGCACCAGACCACCAUGGAUGUCCAGACCAUUGGCCCUGAGACCCGCAAGAUGUCCCUGAUCAUGUCUUGGAUGGAGACCAUUACCCAGGAGCUCACCAGACUUACCAACUGGCCUACCACGUCGCUCAAGCACGACGACAUUGGCAAGUACUUUGUCAACCGCAUCACCCUGGACGCCUGCGGUGCGCAGUCUUCCUACCAGUACGCUGCCGAUGGCAAGAGCAUUACUGGCAUUGUUGUCUCUACCAAGGACAACACCUGCGGAGCUCCCGUCCCCGUUACCCUCCCCACUGGCUCGUCCAACCCCAGCAUUUCUAACGGAGACAGCUCUGCCGACCGUGUCGGUUCCGAGCCUCCCAUUAUCUGGGUCACCAUGAAGGGCAAGCCCGUUACCCUCAAGCUGGCCAAGCCUAUCCAGCUGUAGAGGCUGAGGAGUCGUUCUUGCAUUUGUUUUAUUCUUCUCUGGCUUCUUAUUUCCUGUUUGCCAAACAAAAUUAUUACAAUUCGUACAUUUUAGACGCAUUCGCCUUGGGAAGGCGUUGGAUGAUUUGUUCUUUGCGAGCGAGCACUUUGGCCGCUUGAUGAUACCUCUAUGACUAGCUAUUUUUUAUAAUACAAACUUAGAUUUAUACCCUCU